GAAUUAUUUAACAUGUUAAUAAGUUAUUAAUUUGAAAUUCAUAAUAUAUACAGACAGACAAGCUGGUGUAUCUGGAAAGCCAAUUCAGACAGAUGGCAAGCACAUCGAGGUGGAGCUGUUGGCUCCGCCUGAUUAUCACAGCCGCCGCGGUGUCGAUGUGGUGGCGAAAAGCUAACUCGCAGCCGCAGAUUAAUCUGCUGAAUAAGGGAUGCAGCCAGUACAAUGCAAGCAACGCUGCGGAUUUUUUCAACAACCUCAACGCCACCUUCUCCGACCUCAGAAGUCAGCUAUUAUCGGGCACGCUCUUCGCUACCGCGGAGCAGGCGAGGUCUUCGGAUCCCGUCUACGCCAUGGUUCAGUGCAGAAACUACAUGACUCCAACGGAUUGCUUGGCCUGCUACGACGCCGCCGUCUCGCAGAUUCGGAAUUGCUCCGCCGCCAAUGGCGCUCGGGUUAUCUACGAUGGCUGUUUCCUCAGGUAUGAGAGCAAUAACUUCUACGAUCAGACAACCCUUCCCGGGAACGUCCAAAUAUGCGGCAAUCGAACGGCGCCGCAGCCGGCGGAAUUCGCAGCAUCUGGAGAGGCAUUGCUAAGGGAUCUUGAAGUAGCAACACCAAGGACCAAAGCCUACUAUGCAGCAAGCAAGAGGGCCGUCGGGAACUUCACAGUGUAUGGCGUGGCACAAUGUGCUCAAACCAUUACCCAAGCUGGCUGCCAAGAUUGCUUAACUGUUGCAUACAGAAACAUAGAGAGCUGCUUGCCUGAUGCAGAUGGAAGGGCCAUCGAUGCAGCCUGUUUUCUCAGAUAUUCGGACACCCCCUUUUUCGCUGAUAAUCAGACCACAAACAUCACGCCCUUUCUAGGAGCAGGAGGUACGAUUUUAAUACGCUGCUAUUCUUUAAUUAGUCUGAUGCAUGGCUUUGUAUUUUCAGGGAAUUCAAGCAAGAAGAAAGCUAUUAUUGGCGGCGUGGUAGCAGCUGGAGCUCUUGUUCUAAUUUUGGCUGCUUUCUUGUUAUGGUACAAGUUUGCAAGGAAACCCGAAACUGCUCCAAGAAGUGACAUUUUGGGGGCAACCGAAUUGCAAGGUCCAAAUAGAUACAGCUACAAGGAUUUGAAAGCGGCAACAAGCAAUUUCAGUGAGGAAAAUAAACUAGGAGAAGGCGGUUUUGGAGACGUAUACAAGGCGACAUUGAAAAAUGGGAACGUCGUAGCAGUGAAGAAACUCAACAUAAGCUACAGCAGAGCCAAGGCAGACUUCGAGACUGAAGUAAGGCUUAUAAGCAAUGUUCAUCACCGCAAUCUUGUCCGUCUAUUGGGAUGCUGCAACAAGGGACCCGAUCUGCUUCUCGUAUAUGAAUACAUGGAGAAUGGAAGCCUCGACAGAUUCUUAUACGGUGAUAAACGAGGAAGUCUGAGCUGGAAACAACGAUUCGAUAUAUUAUUUGGCACAGCGAGAGGGCUUGCCUAUCUGCACGAGCAGUACCACGUAACCAUCAUACAUCGUGAUGUAAAGCCAAGCAACAUUCUACUGGACAAAGAGUUUCAAGCCAAAAUAGCCGAUUUUGGGUUGGCAAGGCUUCUGCCAGAGAACCAGAGUCAUGUUAGCACCAAUUUCGCAGGCACAUUGGGCUAUACAGCACCAGAAUACGCAAUCCACGGGCAUCUAUCAGAGAAAGUCGACACCUACAGCUUCGGAGUUGUAAUCUUGGAAAUGAUGAGCGGCAAAAGAAGCAGCCACAUGAAUAUGGAUACCGACACAGAAUAUCUUCUCGAAGAGGCGUGGAAACUGUACGAGAGCGGGCUGCACGAGAAGCUAGCUGAUGCGACGUUGGAAUCGAGCGAGUAUAAAGUGGAAGAAUUGAAGAAAAUGGUGGAAAUUGGUUUGAUGUGCACACAGUCGCCGGCGUCUUCAAGGCCAAGCAUGUCUGAAAUAGUGGUGAUGAUGCUAAGCGAUGGAUCGUUGGAAGGGAAAGCUCCAAGCAGGGGGUCUGUAAGUUAUGGAAAUAGGGUUGGCGGUGAAACGAGUACAUCAGUUUCAACAGGAUCGUCUGUGUCUAAUGCUACCAACUCUUUCACUCGCUUCACAGGUCGCUAGCUUCACUCACCUCUUUUACUUUACACUUGUAUGUUCAACCACCUAAAUCACUAUUCAUCGCUGUGUCUGUCCAAUCUCUCAUGCUCACAACAAACAAUUCUGUCUCUUGCCACCUCAACUUCUACUCUUCAUUUAUACUAUCAUUUUAUUCUCAAA